AGCGCAGCGUGGCGCUAUGGCGGCGUAUGCGGCAGCAGCUCUCCUGGGGAUGCUGGCAUCGGCGUGGGGCAUGAAGCAGGAUGUGAUUUCUUUCCGAGCUCCCUACAGCAGCGGAAAUGUUCCCGGAUGGGUCGCGAUGGGGUCGAGCGUCGUCACAGAAACGUUCAUUCGCCUGACGCCAUCGGAGGCGGGGCAUGAAGGAGCGCUGUGGAGCCAGCGGAAGAUGCCGUACAGGGAGUGGGAGCUAGAGCUCACGUUCAAGGUGGUAGGAGCAAGAUACCUCGGGGGAGACGGGUUUGCCAUCUGGUUCACGAAGCAGUCCGAGGGGUUCGGGGGAACGUUUGGGAACCGCGAGGAUUUCCAGGGGGUGGGGGUGGUGCUGGACACGUACGACAACGACGGGAAGAGGGACAACCCGUCCAUCAUGGCGUUCAGCAGCACAGGAGAUCUGCGAUUCGACCAUGACAGCGAUGGGCGGGAGCAGAAGCUGCCAGGCGCCCAGUGCAAGCUCGGGUUCCGCAACUCGCGCUCGCCGGUGAUGUUGAGGAUCCGAUAUCAGGACAAGACCCUCACGGUAGAGCAUGACAUCCGUGGGAAGGCCUCGUACACUCAAUGCUUCAAGGUCGGCGUUGAGAUGCCUGACGAGUAUUUCGUUGGCUUGUCUGCCCAUACUGGGCAAGUCGCCGACAAUCACGACAUCUACUCGCUAGAGGUCACUAGCCUCGAACCCGCCACGCCGCAUGACGAUCAGCAAGCUCCUUCUCCUGUCGCUGAGAGCCCGAAGCAAGAAAAGUCGGAGCACUUCCCUCACGAGUCUGCCCAGGAGCAGCACGAGUGGCGACGCGACGACGACAGGCACCUGCAACGAUUUGCGGAUGCGCUACAGCGAUGGGUGGACAUGCCUGCGGUUAGAAAGGAUGAAGUCAGAAAGCUUCGAGUUGACAGCACCAAGGGGAGUGAUGUACAGGACAUGAAGGAGGUGGUGGACAACGAGCUGGUCGAUAACGUUCCGGAGGAGGCGCCCGCUAGCCCCGAGAGCAGCAGCCCGGCUGCGGAGCCUUCACCCGCCGCCGACAGCGACCUGGAGUCAUCCAGUUCCUUCAAAAACGAGGUGAAGGAGACGCUCGGCCUGAUUCAGGCGGAGAUUCGGCAAAUCGCGCAUGAGAUGCGGGGGACCAUCACUCUCGCGCACGCCGUCUCCUCCCAGUCCGGCGAAGAAACCAACGCCGGGGGCUCCGCGCGCUCGGCCUCGGAGCUGCUGGUGGACGUCGGGGAGAUUGUGAUGAGGUCGGAGAAGUCAGUGGUCAAGGAGAUGUCGCUGAGCAGCUCGGGCAUGAAGCAGCACCUGGACGAGGUCAAGAGGGACCUUGCGAGCCUCCAGGCGAUGGUGCAGAACACCCUGAUCAAGAGCUCCCACGACGCCCUCGCCAAGGUCCUCAACCUCCAGAACGACAACCAGAAGAUCCUACAUCUCCUCUCCGAGAUCCAUCAGCGACGGGCUGGGGAUGUGGCGGGCCCGAGGGAGCAUCCCAGGGAUGCUCAUGUUGACACGCUUCACGAGAAGAGGACGUCGUCGGGGGGAGUUUCCUACACAAUUUUCCUUGUGUCGCAGAUCGUUUGGAUAGGGAUUUUGAUUGCUGUCAACAGCUUUGGGAAGAAGAAGGAUGGAAUGGAUUUCCUGCCAAUGUCGGCGAAGAGAAGUGUGUGAUUUGUGAGUGAUGCGGGUUGUAAAGGGAGGCAGCAGACUUAGUAAAGUGCGUUAAC